AUGAAUCGCAUGCCGAUUAUUUUGUUAAAGGAGGGUACUGAAGAGAAGCAUGGUAAAGGACAAGUUGUGAGUAACAUCAACGCUUGUACUAACAUUGCGGAUGCUGUUAGAACAACUCUUGGUCCCAGAGGAAUGGACAAGUUGGUAGUUGAUUCUAAAAGUAUGUUUUUAAUUUUGUUUUUAGAGCUUUUGCUUGUAGUUUGAUCGAAUCAUGGAGUAGUAGCAUAAUUAUAAUAAUCUGUUUUAGAUGCUACUACCAUUUCAAAUGAUGGAGCUACAGUUUUGAAACUUUUGGACAUUGUCUUCCCAGCUGCCACAAUUAUGGCCGAUAUUGCCAAAAGUCAAGAUGCUGAAGUUGGAGAUGGUACAACUUCUGUUGUUGUUUUGGCCGCUGAGUUCUUGAAGAGUGCCAAGCAAUUUAUUGAAGAUGGAGUUAACCCUCAACUGAUCAUCCGUUCUUACACUGCUGCUUCCAAAGAGGUGUGUUACUUUUUUGAAAUUUUUGGUUUUUAGGCAAUUAUUUUUUGACAUUUUGAGUAUAAAGAGUAAGAUUUUUAAACUUUCAGUCUCUAAAGUACUGUAAAGCAACCAUAAGUUAUUAAAUAUAAAGUUUUUAUCUUAUCUUUUUUAUUUAUCUUUUAGGCUAUCAAGAAGCUGAAAGAGUUGGCCGUCAAAUUGACAGGAGAAGAUGAAGUUAACAAACUUUUGGUCAAGUGCGCUGCUACCACGUUGAGCAGCAAGUUGGUCUCUAGCGAUCGUGAACACUUUGCUCGUAUGUGUGUUGAAGCUGUUAACUACUUGGACGCCGAUCUUCCAUUAAACAUGAUUGGCAUCAAGAAGGUCAAUGGUGGAUCACUGACUGAUUCUCAACUGGUUAAAGGUGUCGCCUUUAAGAAAGCCUUCAGUUAUGCUGGCUUCGAAAUGCAGCCAAAGAAGUACGAGAACUGCAAGAUUGCUUUGUUGAACAUUGAGUUGGAAAUCAAGGCUGAAAGGACUAACGCUGAGGUUAGGAUUGCCAAUGUUGCUGAUUAUGAAGAGGUAGUUAACGCUGAAUGGACUGUUUUGUACAGACAGUUGGAGAAGAUUCACGAAAGUGGAGCUAAAGUCAUUCUUAGCAGACUUCCUAUCGGUGAUGUCGCUACUCAAUGGUUUGCUGAUAGGUACGGUUACUUUUUAAUUUUUUAGUUUUUAGAAUUACAAAUCAUUCUAAAAACGUCUAUUAAUUGUAAUUCAUGGUCGUAUUACUAGAAUUUCAAUUCGAAGAACUUAAGGUUUAACUUUUAUUUUCAGAGACCUCUUCUGUGCCGGCAGAAUCCCAGAAGACGAUCUUCAAAGAGUUCAAGCUUCUUGUGGUGGUACUGUUCUGACCACAGUAAGCCAAAUCAGUGACAGUGUUUUGGGUAAAUGUGAAAAGUUCUACGAGAAGCAAGUUGGAUCAGAGCGAUUCAAUAUGUUCGAAGGUGGAUCUAAAGCCAAGUCAUGCACUUUGAUCUUGAGGGGUGGAGCCGAACAAUUCAUUGCUGAAACUGAACGAUCUUUGCAUGACGCUAUCAUGAUCAUCAGAAGAGCCAAAAAGAACGACGCUAUUGUUGCUGGAGGUGGUGCAAUUGAAAUGGAAUUGAGCAAACAUUUGAGGGAUGUGUCAAAGACUAUUGCUUCGAAAGAACAGUUCUUCUGGAAGGCUUAUGCUAAGGCUUUUGAAGUAAGUUUGUUGCUUGAUAACUGUUUUGGAUUAUUUUUAUUUUUAGCAUUCGCUUUUGAGUAACUUAUACGGUUAUUUUUUGGUGUAGAAGCACAUAAUGGGUUUACUUUAGAUUAUUCCUCAACAACUUUGCUUUAAUGCCGGUCUUGAUGGAGUAGAGAUCUUGAACCACUUAAGAUCAAGACAUCAGAAGGGAAACAAAUGGGAUGGAGUUGACAUCCACAAGGAAGCUGUCAGCAACAACUUUGACGGUUGUGUUUGGGAGCCAGCUAUUACAAAAGAAGUAAGUUUUUUACUGUAAAGGAAGUUUUAGAAAUGGUUUAAAAAAAUUAAAAAAAUUAAUUUACUGCUUUUUAAACGUUUUAUACAAACUUUUUCUUUCAGAACGCGAUCAUUGCUGCCACCGAAGCUGCCUGCACGGUACUGUCAAUCGACCAAACAGUAAAGAACCCACGUCAUAAGAAUGAAAUGCCCGGAGCCCAACAAAUGCUACAAGGCCAAUAA